AUAUGUGCAAUAAUUAAAUUUUUUAAAAUUUAUUGCAAAACAUAAGUGUUCUAUUACUACGAUAAUAUUAUGGAAAAAAAAAAAUACUGUAUAAAAUUUAUUUUGUAUCAAAUAUGAAAAAAUUCAACUAUGUGAAAGGCUUUUUUAUGACUAAAAAGAAUGCGAUCAAACAUUUGUCUCCCGUAUUGGUGGCCCCCAAAAUGGCACAUUUUCUGCUCCACUGUUGCACAAUCAUAAAAAUCAUUCACGUCAAUGUUUAUACACUUUCCUAGCAGGACCUGGACAACGAGUUGAAGUCAUUUUUAAAACAUUUAAUCUAAGAGGAAAUCCACCAGACGGUUCCGCCGUUGGUGAAUUACCAUCAUGUGUUCAUGAGUAUAUGGAUAUAUACUCAGAAGUGCAAUCAUCGGAACCAGCAGAACUGAUAAAUUCACCAUUUGGUGGCCGUUAUUGUGGUACAAUACCACCUAGACAACGCAUUUCCAUGUAUCGUGCCAUUGCCAUUUCGUUUUUUACAAAUAAAAAUAUCACCACACCCGAUCUAUUUGAAGGCACAUUUCGUUUUAUAAAUGCAUCGGAAUAUGAAAUUGGUAUACCAAUAGCUGGUUCACCAUGUUCCUAUACAAUAACACCCAGUUUGAGUAUAAAUAAAACGGGCGUUUUAAUAUCGCCCACCUAUCCGGGUGCCUAUCCCAAGGAUAUGUCUUGUACAUAUCAAUUUUUGGGUGAAUCGAAUCAAAGAGUUAGAUUAGAAUUUCGUGAUUUUGAUCUGUUUUUUGGUGGACCACACUGCCCAUUCGAUUAUGUUAAAGUCUAUGAUGGUCCCGACAAUUCAUCAGCAUUAAUUGGUACAUAUUGCGGACAGCAAAGAAAUUUAGUUUUAUAUUCUAGCGAAUCAAGUCUAUUUGUGCAUUUUUUUACCUUGUCACGUACGGCAAAUACUCAAAAUCGUGGUUUUAAAGGAAUUUAUGAAUUUAGUGAAAGUUUUGUUAAAUUAGAUUUUAUACGUGAAAAUGAUGGCAUUCACAUACGUGGCUCAGAAUGUGAUCAAAAGAUAUUGUCGAGAAAGGAAUCAACAGGUUUUGUACUCUCACCAAAUUAUCCUUAUCCUUAUAUACCAAAAACUGUUUGUAGAUAUUUCAUUUAUGGCAUGCAAGAUGCCCAACAUUUGGAACGCGUACGUUUAGAGUUUACAGCUUUUAAUAUACCGCGAGUAGAAAGUAAAGAUAAGGAUAAAGAAACUAACUGUUCCGAUGGUUAUUUGAAAAUCUAUCUCAAAGGCCAGGAAACUGCCGAUGCUUAUGAUAAAUUCGAUUAUGAAUUGUGCGGUAAUGAAACUCAACGUGUUGUUAGUGAUGGACCACGCCUAGCGAUGGUUUUCAGUUCGGGUGAACUAAUGGGUCGUGGCUUUAAAGGUAAAUAUGUUUUUGAAACGGAAUAUAAAAUACCUGGCACUGCGGCACCCGAUGGCAGUUGUAGUUUUACAUAUGUCAGUUCAUCGAAGAAACGUGGCGAACUGAAUAGUCCCCGCUAUCCAUCCAAUUAUCCGUCGGAUACGAAUUGUUCGUAUUUGUUCUUGGCCGAACCGAACGAACAGGUGACAAUUGUGUUUGAUCAUUUUAAGAUUAAGGCGGAUGGCAAUUCAAAUGUUACAGCUGGGGCUUAUGGAUCGAUUAUUUGCUUUGAAGAUUGGUUGGAAAUGUACGUCGUCUAUCGUGAUAACAAUGAUCGUUUUCUUGGUCGUUACUGUGGUAUGACAGCACCCGGCCCCGUCGAGAGCCCAAGGGGUGCAGUGGGUCUGCGUAUUACAUUGCAUACCGAUCAAGAGAAUGUUGCAAGUGGUUUUAAGGCUCGUUACUUUUUCGAAACUGCUAAAAGUGAAAUAGGCGACUGUGGAGGCAACUUUUCCAAUGAAGAUUCAGGCAUUAUAACAUCACCCAAUUAUCCGGCCGGCUAUAAGGCACCCGGUCGUGGUAUGGCUUCAAUGGCAUGCAAUUGGUUGAUGACCGCCAGACCCGGUUAUAAGCUAUCCAUACAUUUCGAACAGUUUUCAUUGGAGGGUGAUCCAGCAAAUCGUGGUUGUCCAGCUGCUGUUUUACGUCUUUGGGUUAAUGUUGACUCUGAUCAGCCGCCUUUGGAAUUGUGUGGCGAAAAGCCACCCAUGGAACAAUGGCAUUACAUUUCUACGGGACAAACGGCCCGUAUUAGUUUUACCACCAGUGAUAAAACUGUUGGUGCACAGGGCUUCCGUAUUGUAUGGACUGAAAUACAAGACUCUGGACCAGGACCACCAUCUAUAGGUUUACUGUGCGAGUCCACCUAUCAUUUUCAAUGUGAGGUGGGCUAUUGUAUUUCGGAUAAGUUGCGUUGUGAUGGUGUCAAAAACUGUGGUCCCAAUGAUGAUAGUGACGAAUUGCACUGUAUCACAAAAGCGCAAGCGGAGGAUCACGGCGUUCUAAUUAUAACAACACUUCUCGUCGUCUCGUUCCUAAUUUGUCUCCUAUGCAUACUCUAUCACUCCAGAAGAAAACGUAGACAACAACUUCAUCAAAUGGGUUUGCAUCGUAAUGCUCAUUAUGAUUCACAAACUAGUGCUACGGGUUUAAAUUCAAGUCGACGUCAUUUACAGAGUGGUGGUGCCAGUAUUGCCGGUAGUUUGCAUGGCAUUAAUAGUGGUAAUUUAAUAAUACCACCGGCACCAUUACCUCCCCGAGCCAUACAUCAACCACCACACAUCUGUAUAUCGGGCUCCAGUCUUGAUCUGGGUCCUGGUAAUUAUCCUGGCAUCAUGAUAAAUGGCGAUUCACUUGAUGACUCAUCUACAACAUCUAAUGAUUCUAUAGGUAGUAUACCAUUUUUAAAUGAAUGUGAAACAGAUAAUAUGGGACAUAUGAUGGUGCAACAGGUCGAGAAUGUUUAACAAUUAUAUAAAUUUCAAAAAUUUUAUAAAAAAGUUUUCAAACUUUUAAAAAACGCAAAAUGAAAUGAAAAAUGGAAAAAACUAAUUCCUAAUAAAAGAAGAGAAGGAGAAGGAAAGAAAUGUGCACAAAAUUUCAAAAGCCGAUAUUCAAAGACGAGAAAAAAAUAUUCAAAACAAAUUUUAGGUUUAGCUGAAUUAUAUAGAAA